CUCCAAAUCGUGAGCCUAUUUUGCAACAGCCACUCAACUUAUCCAUUAAUUGAUAAUAUAAUGAUAUCGACUAUCUUGAUCAGCAUCCUGGCUGCAACAGCGGGGGCUGUACUCGUGUCCGGGCCGACAGGACCUUACGCCGUGUCCAUGUCCGUUCAGGGGCUGACCGACAACUCACGAUCCGACCCCUACGCCCCUGCAGACAACCGGCACCCCCGCAGAGUCAUGAUCUCGACGUUCACACCGGUCGACGAGACCAAGACACCCUGUCGACGCCGACAAGCCGUCCCGUAUAUGACUCCCUUGGUGGCUGGGGAAUACGAUGAGCUCGGAGCUGCUCUUGGCCUCUCAAACGGCACUUUCUCGUCCUUUGAGAUGAACUUAUGCGUUCCGAAAGCCUCGUCCUGCCGUUCCGGCCUUGCCUCCUACCCCCUUGUCUUGUUCUCGCCUGGUUCGGGUAAUCCUCGUCUGCUGUACGGCGCGAUGGCGCGCGAAGUUGCCAGUUACGGUUACGCGGUCGUGACCAUCGACCACCCCUACGACGCUUCCUUUGUCGAAUUCCCGGAUGGGACUGUCUUCCGAGCAGUUCGUGCCGAAGAUUCUUCCUUCGUCCUCUCUCACCUUUUCGAAAACCCCGUCCCGGGCAUCGACUUUUCCCGUGCCAUCAUGUACGGCCACUCCCUUGGCGGCACCACCGCCGCGACGGCCAUGCUUUCCGACCCGCGCAUCCGGGGUGGCAUAAACUUCGACGGCCGGCUGCUUGGUCCCGCCCUGAGCGCUGGGCUAGACAAACCAUUCCUGCUGGCGGGACGACCAAAGCACAUGGAGGAAGACUCGACGUGGGACAUGUUCUACAGCAAGCUGCGCCAUGGGGCCUUGGUCGAGGUUGGAGGGACGACACACGGGUCAUUCACCGAUGUUCCAACGUUGAUACAAUCGCUGAACCUGACCUUGCCGGAGGAGUUGAAGUCAAUCUUGCAGAGCCAGUUCGGAACUCUGGAGUUUGGGAGAGCCGGGAGAGUUGUUGCAGGAAUUGUCUCGGCUUUUUCGGACUUCGUUUUAGAGAAGAAGAUGGGGUCAAUGUUUACCGCGGGAGAUGAUGAGUACCCCGAGGUGGCAGUGUUGCGAGCAGAUUUGUAAAGGCUUAGCAUCGUGCGCAAAGGCGUCGGUCUGGUUACUUAGGUCCAAAGCUAGAGAUUGCUAG